GAGCCCUAUGCCGUGCCUUGCGGCAACACUUGGAUGAAGGACCAUUGGAACAAGUGGCAGGGCUAUUCCUUCUACACCUCGGAUGCGGCAAUUGAAAAAUGCGUUACCGUGAGCUUCUCCUUCAGUGCUCAGCCCGUUCUUGCCUUCGUGGCUGGCGUGCAGUUCGACAUCCUGCCUGGACCCCUCUUCCAGCUUGACACUCAGGUUUGCUGGCCAACCCAUCAGCCCGGUGGAGUCGAUCUCAGCGUCCUACGUUCGGUUCUGAAAACGAGUGGCUAUGUGCUCUUCACCCGCACCUUGCGCCUCGCUCAACGCUUCGGUGGCAACACGGACUUCGUGAACGAGAACAUCAAUGGGGCAACCCAGACAUGGCGUAGCCAGUUCGGGCUGUCGUCUGCCCGAGGUGAAAGUGGCACGGGCUUCGAGUCCAUGAAGAGGUCGGCUCUCCUGGAGGGGAACCAAAGCCAGACGAAGGCUGCCAAGGCAGAUUCCGACACUCUAUUCUGGCAGGAUGAAGAGGACAUGUAUCUCGCUUCGGUUGACUACGGC